AUGGCUGAACCUAUGGAAGAUGUUCCCGAGUCACCUUCUCCAACACCUAGUCCAGCUGAAGAUGAUGAUGAUGAAGAUUAUGCAGAUGAUCGCUUUAAGCGAUUUAAUUUUCUUUUAGAACAGACUGAAAUAUUUGGUCAUUUUAUGAAUGCAGCUAGUAGCAAAUCACCUAAAAGUCCUCUUAAAAUGAAGUCACAUUUGUUUAGUGAAAAGAAGGAAGAAAACGUCAUCCAUCGGAAGGAGCGUCCACGUAAUCGUCACAGAAUGAGUGAAGCUGAUGAAGACGAAGAAUUAUUGGAAGAUGAACUAAAUGAUACGACCAUAACCCACUUUAAUGAGAGCCCCUGGUAUAUUAAAAAUGGGAAGAUGAGAGAUUACCAGUUAAGAGGACUUAACUGGAUGAUAUCAUUAUAUGAGAAUGGUAUAAAUGGAAUAUUAGCUGAUGAAAUGGGUCUUGGGAAAACACUUCAGACUAUAGCUCUUCUUGGUUAUAUGGUUCUUAUGAGGAGUGUCCCUGGUCCUCAUAUUGUUAUUGCCCCUAAGAGUACGCUAGCUAAUUGGAUGAUUGAAUGUAAACGAUGGUGUCCUUCCCUGGUCGUUAUAUCUCUAAUUGGAACGCAAGAAGAAAGGGCUCGAAUUAUCAGUGAGGAGAUCUUACCUGGCGAGUGGAACGUAGUGGUGACCUCAUAUGAAAUGGUCCUUAAGGAGAAGGCGACAUUUAAAAAGUUUACAUGGCGAUAUAUGGUCAUUGAUGAAGCACAUCGUAUUAAGAAUGAAAAAUCUAAGCUUUCUGAGAUAGUUCGAGAGUUUCGUACAACUAACCGUCUUCUUCUCACUGGUACUCCACUUCAAAAUAACCUCCAUGAGUUAUGGGCUUUGCUUAACUUUCUCUUACCAGAUGUGUUUAAUUCCUCAGAGGACUUUGAUGCUUGGUUUAAUAAGAGUAAUCUUGAAGAUUCUAAGUUAGUGGAUCGUCUACACACUGUGUUGAGACCAUUUCUACUUCGUCGUCUCAAAUCUGAUGUAGAGAAGAAACUUCCUCCUAAAAAAGAGACCAAAAUUUAUGUUGGGCUGAGUAAAAUGCAGAGGGAAUUAUACACUGGUAUUUUACUGAAAGAUAUUGAUCUAGUAAAUGGAGCAGGACGUAUGGAGAAAAUGAGACUACUUAACAUUAUAAUGCAAUUAAGAAAAUGUUGUAAUCAUCCUUACCUCUUUGAUGGAGCUGAACCUGGUCCUCCUUAUACAACUGAUAGUCAUAUCAUUUACAACAGUGGAAAGAUGUCUGUCUUAGAAAAACUCCUUCCCAAACUUUAUGAAGAAGGCUCUCGUGUUCUCAUUUUCUGUCAAAUGACAAGAAUGUUAGAUAUUAUCGAAGACUACUGUCUCUGGAGGGAGUUCCCAUAUUGUAGACUAGAUGGGCAAACACCUCAUGCUGAUCGUCAACUAGCUAUUAGCGAAUUUAAUCGUCCUGGAAGUGAGAAAUUUAUUUUUAUGUUAUCAACAAGAGCUGGUGGACUGGGUAUUAACUUAGCUACUGCAGAUGUUGUUAUAUUGUAUGACUCAGACUGGAACCCACAAGUAGAUUUACAAGCUCAAGAUCGUGCUCAUCGUAUUGGUCAGACAAAGCAAGUGAAAGUGUUUCGACUUAUUACUGAACAUUCUGUGGAAGAAAGGAUUGUUGAAAGAGCUGAAAUGAAAUUACAUCUUGAUCAAGUUGUCAUACAACAGGGACGUCUUGUUGAUAGUCAUAAACGUGUUGGUAAAGAUGAGAUGUUACAGAUGAUAAGACAUGGAGCAGACACCGUGUUCCAAUCUAAAGACUCUAUGGUAUCUGAUGAAGACAUUGAAACUAUCCUAGCUAAAGGUGAGGCACUCACUGCUCAGAUGGCAGAGAAGAUGAACCAGUUAGGAGAAAGUCAACUGAGGAACUUCACAUUAGAUGCACCUACCAGUAGCGUGUAUGAGUUUGAGGGAGAAGACUUCAGAGAGAAAAGGAAGGUCUGCAGCUCAAUGGUUCAUUGGAUAGAGCCCCCAAAACGUGAACGUAAAACCAAUUAUGCUGUUGAUGCUUAUUUCCGUGAAGCACUCAGACUCUCCGAACCACGAGCUCCUCGUGCACCACGCCCUCCGAAACAACCGACAGUCCAAGAGUUCCAGUUUUAUCCUCCUCGUCUUUUUGAGAUCUUAGAUCAGGAAAUCUAUUAUUAUCGUAAAUCUAUUGGAUAUAAAGUUCCCAUUAAUCCUGACUUACCUGACGCUGCUAUCGUACAACAAGAAGAACAAGAGAAGAUUGAUAAUUCUGAGCCACUUACUGAUGAACUUGUUAAGGAGAAAGAAGAUCUGUUACAGCAGGGGUUUUCUGAUUGGAGUCGUAGAGAUUUCAAUCAAUUUGUUAAGGCAUGUGCCGAGUAUGGACGUGAUGAUCUAGACAGUAUAUGUAAAGAUGUGGAGGGAAAAUCUGAGGAUGAGGUGAGGUCAUACGCUAAGAUAUUUUGGGAGCGUAAAGAUGAGUUACAAGAUAUUGAUAGAAUCAUGAAUAUCAUUGAUAAAGGAGAACAGAAAAUACAGCGUAAAAAAGACAUCAAGAAAGCAUUAGAUGCUAAAAUGGCACGAUAUCGUUCACCUUUUCAUCAGAUUCAUAUUGUCUAUGGUACUAAUAAAGGAAAGAAUUAUACGGAGGAAGAAGAUAGAUUUUUGAUUUGUAUGUUACACAAACUUGGUUUUGAUAAACCUAAUGUCUAUGAUGAGAUACGUACUGCUAUCCGCUAUGCCCCACAAUUCCGGUUUGACUGGUUUAUCAAGUCUCGUACUGCCCUGGAGUUACAACGUCGUUGUAAUACUUUGAUUACUCUCAUUGAAAAGGAAGUCCAGGAGCUCGAGGAAGAGGAAGAAAAGAAACAACGAAAGAGAGGACCCAAACUGAAAAUUACAGGGACAGUCCCUCGCAAACAGCUGGUCAAAAGAGAAAAGCUGGAGACGGUGGAGAACCUUAUCGUG